AUGUUUUUACACGAAAGAGUUUGUCAAUGGUUAGGUCAGCUAAAACUAUCUCGAGUAAUUUUAACGGUAUCGGUGAUAUUAUUUGUGGUUCCUCUCAUCACUCACUACUAUUUGUCUAAGUAUGAAUCCACAUCCAUGUCAUUGGGUUCGAACAACAUGCGACACACCUUGGAGGCGCUUGGAGAUUUAUCUUCUGUAAAUAUGGUCGAUCUUAAAAUAAGGAUUGAAGAGAUGUUGAGAAUAAAGGCUUCAGUAUCAACUGAGUUACGGGAAUUAGAAGAGCGACGUGGAAAAUUACAAAGGGAAGCAGCAGCUGCGAGUGCUAAAGCAGAUAGUGUUAAAGCUGAGUAUGCAAGAGCAACAGCCGAACUGCAAAGACUACGUGUAUCAGCUGACCAAGCUCGGUUAGCGCAGUUAGAAGCGAUUCGACGGGAUUCCCCGGAACUUGCUCCCCCUGCACAAAUACUUCCUUCUACCCCUCCACAAAUCUUGCGUCCCAUUAGCCCAGCAUCAGAAGUGCAUUGUCGCAUGCAUUCUUGCUUCGAUUAUUCAAGAUGCUCCUUAACAUCUGGUUUCCCCAUAUAUUUUUAUGAUCCCGAUGUUUUUAAUCCGAUCGCUGGAGCUGAGGUUGACGGCUUUCUCAAAACAACUUUACGUCAAACUCUUAGCUAUAAUUCUCACUUGACACAGAACCCUAAUGAGGCGUGCAUUUAUCUGGUCCUUGUUGGAGAAGGAUUUCCUCUCGAUAAAAAUCCCUCUUCUACAACAGACAGCUUUAAGCUGUUAUUGAACGAGACUGCUAUUAAAAGUCUACCUUAUUGGGGCGGCGAUGGUCGUAAUCAUGUUUUACUUAAUCUGGCGCGUCGAGAACUCUCCGUCGGAUCGGGUGAUGCAUUUCACAGUGCCUCUACGGGAAGAGCAAUGAUCGCACAAUCUACUUUUACCUUACAACAGUUUCGCCCUGAUUUCGAUGUCAUAAUGCCACCGGCACUCGGGCCUCCAGGAGGAGAUGUAUGGGCAGAUUGUGCUCCUUUAGCGCCAGCAAGACGCAAAUACAUAUUAAGUUUUCAGGGUUCUCAAACGCUAACGCCUUCGGGAACCAAUAUAGACGAUGACAAAAGCCUAAUUGAAUCUCUUCAGAAGAUUGCAAAAUCAGCACCAUCGUCAGAUGUAUUUUACCUGCAGUUUGAUUGCGAUCCACCCAUAGAGAGGCGGGCUGUUUUUCCGAUUGGUGAUUGGGCGCUUUGUGGUACCGAUCGAUCCCGACGAUCUAUUUUACGAGAUUCAACAUUUGGUUUGAUACUUGCUCCCGCUGAUAGUAAUUACGUUACAACAGCCCUCUUGCAAGCAAGAUUGUUCGAGGCACUACGCUCGGGUGCUAUUCCGGUAAUUCUUGGCGGAGAUCGAAUCCGGCUGCCAUAUGGCGAAGUGCUUGAUUGGCGAAGAGCAGCAAUUUUAUUGCCUAGGGCUCGCAUAACGGAGUUGCAUUUUCUUUUACGAGCUUUAUCAGAUGCAGAUUUACUGGCAUUUCGAAGACAAGGGCGCGUAUUGUGGGAGCGAUAUUUGAGUUCAGUCCAAGCAAGUAUGGAUUCGCUACUAGCGAUAAUACGGAUGCGAUUAAAUAUACCAGCUCGCCCCGCGUUGCCUAUAACAGGCACUCCUGCAUUUAACGACUCAUAUUAUCCCCCAAAGUUGGAACCUCCCGCCGUUGAUACUGAGCCGGAAGAAACUCUUGGGCCUCUAGAAGCUCCUUACCCGAGUCCAGAAUAUCGGAGAAACUAUUCUUUAGCUCUACUACAUGGUUACGAAUUGUGGAAUGAAUGGGGCGAACCAUUUGUUCUGUACCCUCAGUUACCAUGGGAUCCGCCGGUGACUUCAGAGGCAAGAUUUAUGGGUUCUGCCGCGGGUUUUAGGCCGAUUGGCGCCGGAGCCGGUGGUUCUGGAAAGGAAUUUAGUGAGGCUCUGGGUGGCGAUCGCCCAAGAGAACAGUUCACGAUAGUAAUCUUGACGUACGAAAGGGAGGCUGUACUUGCAGCAGCUUUGGCGAGAUUGAGAGGCUUGCCGUAUUUAAAUAAGGUGGUGGUGGUGUGGAACGGCGUGUCGCCACCCUCGGCGACGCAGGCGUGGCCGGAGGCGGGGGCUCCCGUUGCUGUGGUUCGAGCUCCCCGUAACUCGCUCAAUAACCGCUUCUUGCCAUACCAAGUCAUCGACACUGAGGCCGUUCUCUGUGUUGACGACGAUGCCCACCUUCGCCACGAUGAAAUCGUCUUCGCCUUCAGAGUAUGGCGGGAACAUCGCGAUCGUAUAGUUGGUUUCCCUGGAAGAUAUCACGCCUGGGAUCUUAAUUUUAAUAACGGAUUUCUUUACAAUUCAAACUACAGCUGUGAGCUGAGUAUGGUGCUAACGGGCGCGGCGUUCGUACACCGCUACUACUUGUGGGCGUACUGGCGCGCCCUGCCCGCCGCCGUGCGCGACUACGUGGACGAGUACAUGAACUGCGAGGACAUCGCCAUGAACUUCCUCGUCGCGCAUCUCACUCGCAAGCCGCCGGUCAAGGUGACGUCACGCUGGACGUUUCGCUGCCCGGGCUGUCCUGUGACGUUGUCCGCCGACGAAACACACUUCCACGAGAGGCAUAAAUGUAUACAAUUUUUCUCACAGGUAAUGGGUUACACGCCUCUAUUGUCGACGCAGUAUCGCGCCGACUCCGUGCUCUUCAAAACUAGAAUACCUCACGACAAACAGAAGUGUUUCAAAUUUAUAUAAGUAAUUUUUAUAACAAAAACUUAAUAGUUCAAUUAUUAUUUUUAUAAAUAGUAUAAUUUUUUUCUCUUUUCAUUCAGUACUCGAGUAGGUACAUAUUUUUACUUUGCUUGUAAGUUUAUGUAAAGUCAUAAUAUAAUUAACAGACUAAAUAUAUUAGAUCUAAAUUCGUAUUGUAAAUUUUUUUUAUAUUGAGUGAAUUUUUUUAAAGAUUUUUAUUGUACAUACAUGUUUUACAUAAUAUUAUAUAGUUGUAUAAUAGAACUUAAAGAUCAUUAAAAUUAUGUAUAUAAUCUACAGCUUUACUUAAACAUAUACCGUACAUAUACAUAUAUCAUAUAUCUUCGAUAUCGUAGAUAUUGAAAGAAAUCUUAUUGUAAUUAAGUGUAUCCGAAAUGUUGCUUGCGAGUUAUGUCGAAUGAAACAUUAAUCGGUGAGUUAGAUUCUAAAGGCCCACUAGACGAACAAAUCGGUUGGUUUGAAAAACAGAGAAAUUAAGCAAAGUAACAAACGUGUCUUUUGCUUCCAUAUUUUUAUUUGCUGAUUCCAUUUCGUACUUCGAUUAAGAUUAUGCCUGAAAAUACAUCCUUUUUAAACGUAAGUUAUAAUUAUAACAUUUUUAUUAUAAAAAUCAGUAAACAUUCAAUGAUAAUCCACACAAAAAAAAAAUGAUCCAAAGCUUAUUGUUAAAAUAAGAUGAAAUUGCUUUGUGUUUAUUUUAUUAUUAAUUAAUUUUUAAUAAUAAUUUGCUUCGUUAUAUUGUAAGAUAUUUAAUAUUUGUAAUAUUGAAAACAAUUGCUGUCAAAAUAUUCUAUCGCCUAGUCUUAGUUGUAGGGUAAAAUGUAGACAAAGUAUAUAUUUAGGUCAAUUAUUCUGUAAUUGCAAACUUUUAGAACUUCAUGUUGGAUUUCAAGUAAAUAUAACAUAGAGAUUUUAUGAUGCUAAAAUUUAACACAGCGUUUAAAUUGGUAUGAAUUUAAAGUGACAAGCAUGCUGUCUUUUAACUAUAGAUAUACGAGAUACGAUAUUUUUAUGCUGGCAUUAUUUGUAAAAAAUGUAAAUUACAGUAUGGUGUAAAUAAAUAAAAUCACGUAAUGUAUAAUAUAAAAUAUAAAUGUUAGGCUAGGUUAGGUUUCAUACACGCUAUCAUGUAUAUUUAAUAAUUUUGUGAAUAAAAUCCUCUCUUAAGUGUGAAUAAGUGGAUUAUU